UGACUCUUUGCGCUUUCAUCGCGCCAGGAAUAGGUCAUAGUUCGGUCUUUGCUUUGUUUGGAUAGCUUACUGAUACGCAGAAGAUCUGCUGCGUAUCUUAUCCCUCGUUAUUUGGGACGUCAUCCAUACCAUACCAUAUCUUCGCAUUAGACUAGACCAUCACCGAAACCAGAUUACUGUCCUGGACUUUGGCAAUAAUGCGACCAAACUACUCAGUGCGCAUGUGCGCAGCACCUCGCCGAAGCACCCCUUCAUCAACCCUCCUCUCCAGCUUGACCCAUGCUCCAAGAGCAUAUUCCACCUCCACCUCCAGCACUGAAACCCCCCAAUUCACCCCCUCCAACCGCCUCAAAGGCCGCUCAUGCAUCAUCACAGGCGCCUCUUCCGGCAUCGGCUACGCCAUCGCCGACCGCUUCCUCCAAGAAGGCGUCUCCCAGUUAAUCCUGGUCGGACGAUCCCACUCGCGCUUGAUUGACGCAGCGUCUAGACUUGAGGGCGCCAGUUCCAGCAGCAGCUCCAGCACUUACAAGGCAACCGACGCAGACCCCUCACCCCCGCACCACGAACUCCUCCCCUACUCCCCAACCAUCAGCCUGUUAAUUGGUGACAUCGCCUCAGCAGGUACUUGGACGCGCGAGUUGGAGAAAGUGAUGCAAACCACCAACCCCACAAUCCUCAUAAACGCGGCCGGCCUCUCCAUCUCCUCUCUCCUCGCCAAGUCCUCCCCGAGCACCAUCGCCCAAAUCCUCGACACGAACCUGCAAGGCGCGAUCCUCACGACAAGGGCCUUUCUGCGGGCUGCGAUGCGGAACCGCGUGCGGGUGAGGCGGGGUUCUACUGACACUCCUACGCAAUCAGAAGCAGAUGCAGCUGCAGAUGCAGGAGCAGGUGGUUCGGGGGUAUCAGGUGGCUCAGCGGCAAGCGCAGCAGGAAACAACGCACCCCAACCCUCCAAAUGCAUCAUCAACAUCGCUUCCCUCCUCGCCCACAAGGGCGGCACGGGAGCUGUGACAUACGCGGCCUCCAAGGCCGGGAUCCUGGGGUUGACGAGGUCUGUUGCCGUCGAGGCGGCGGGAACAGUGGCGUCGAUGCCGGGGGCGGUGCCAGUGCGGGCGAAUGUGAUUGUGCCGGGGUAUGUGGAGACGCCGAUGAUUUCUGACUUCACCGAAGGAGAGACAACCCGGCUCAAGCAGAGUAUUCCGCUUGGGCGGUUCGGGUUGCCGCAGGAAGUGGCGGAUGCGGCGGUGUUCCUGGCGGAAAAUGAGUAUGCUAAUAAUUGCGUGUUGAAUUUGGACGGGGGGUUGAGUGCGGUUUAAAUCCCUGUUUGGGUGGAUGAAUGGGUAGACGGCUGUUUCGUGGUCUGGACGGUGGUUAUCUGUAAGAUUAUCAGGCAGGUCAUGGUAUUAGAUUAUCUUGUCUCCGUAGCGUCGGAUAUUUGGCCUAGUAUCUACUCCAGGUCAUAGUUC